GCCGCAGCACUCUUGGGCUCACAUUGCUCCAUAACUAUUUUAUUCUGUCUGGGGAUACACCAAGCUGACACCAUUACACUGUGGACAUUACACCCUCUUACAGAUAUGGGAGACAUGGGAGACCCACCAAAAAAAAAGCGUCUCAUUUCCCUCUGUGUUGGUUGCGGCAAUCAGAUUCACGAUCAGUAUAUUCUAAGAGUUUCUCCGGAUUUGGAAUGGCAUGCAGCCUGCUUGAAAUGUGCAGAGUGUAAUCAGUAUUUGGACGAGACCUGUACGUGCUUUGUUAGGGAUGGGAAAACCUACUGUAAACGAGACUAUAUCAGGUUAUAUGGGAUCAAGUGUGCAAAAUGCAACAUUGGCUUCAGUAAGAAUGAUUUUGUCAUGAGAGCCAGGUCCAAGGUGUAUCACAUUGAGUGUUUCAGAUGCGUGGCCUGCAGUCGCCAGCUAAUACCAGGGGAUGAAUUUGCACUGCGGGAGGAUGGCCUCUUCUGUAGGGCAGACCACGACGUAGUAGAAAGGGCCAGCCUGGGAGCCAGCGACCCUCUCAGCCCUCUCCAUCCAGCCAGACCUCUACAGAUGGCAGCAGAACCCAUAUCUGCCAGGCAGCCAGCCCUCAGACCCCAUGUUCACAAGCAGCCAGAGAAGACCACCCGUGUCCGGACAGUACUUAAUGAAAAACAGCUUCACACCUUGAGGACCUGCUAUGCAGCCAACCCCAGGCCCGAUGCUCUCAUGAAGGAGCAACUGGUAGAAAUGACUGGCCUCAGUCCCAGGGUCAUUAGAGUCUGGUUUCAAAACAAGCGAUGCAAGGACAAAAAAAGAAGCAUCAUGAUGAAGCAACUCCAGCAGCAGCAACCCAACGACAAAACGAAUAUUCAAGGCAUGACAGGAACCCCUAUGGUGGCUUCUAGUCCUGAAUUGCACGACGGUGGGUUACAAGCAAACCCUGUAGAAGUGCAAAGUUAUCAGCCCCCUUGGAAAGUACUCAGUGACUUUGCAUUGCAGAGUGACAUCGACCAGCCUGCAUUUCAACAACUGACCUAUUUCUCACAGGUUAAUUUUUCAGAAGGAGGACCAGGUUCUAAUUCUACCGGAAGUGAAGUAGCAUCGAUGUCCUCUCAACUACCAGACACCCCCAACAGCAUGGUAGCCAGUCCUAUAGAGGCAUGAGGAGCAUGAACUUUAAUAUGGAUUCCCCUACUGGAAGACAGGGCGAUGAGUAUUUGCUUGGACUUCAACACAAAAGUAUUUAACAACACAACUGAUGCACCACAGAGCAUACAGGAAACUCCAUCGAAAUGCAAGGAGUCCAUCUGGUCAUCGGAUGGUAUGGUAGCAACACUGUGAAGACAAUCAUGGAAUCUUACCAGGAUUAUGCGACAUAAACAAUAUCUAAAUGGUCGUAGGAGCAUUACAAGAUUCAAAAAAGACAAAAGGAAAGAAAACUUGGGUAGAGGAUUAUAUCUACGGAUCUCAAAAGUAACAUGAAUCUAUUCCCAUUAGCACAUCUCAAAACAGAGAAAGAUCAAGAGAUGUCAUCUUAAUCCAAAGGGUGCUGCUUAUCCAUUUGACAUCAUUUAAUCACUACCUUGCCAAACAGAGGCUCCGUAUUGAAGCCAAAUCAGACUAUGUGGACAAAGACAAAAAUAAGCAUUCUUCAGGAUUAAAGGUGGAGUUAUUCUGCAUUGGGUUGCAAUGCUUUAAAUUGACUCAUAUCUACAGGGAUUGCUGAAAUCCAGGUUUAUCAAAGCAUGCACAUGUUUUUGAGAUCUCUGCUCCCUUUAUGUCUUCUCAUGGAGUCCAAAAAAUAUCAAAUAACAUCUAAAGCAUUGCUUUUUUUUUUUCAAUAGGCUUUUUUUCAAACCAACUAGGAAGCAUUGAAACUAAGGUAUACCUCUAUUUUGCCACAAGCGUCUCUUGAUUGUGUGAUACUUGUCCAAGAACUAUUUCCCCCAAAGAUGUGUAUAGUUAUUGAUUAAAAAAAGGACUGUUUCUCUCUCUGAAUAAAAAAGAGACAAGGAAACAUUUUGUUUGCUCUUGCAUUGCAAAAAUUAUAAAAAAGUUAUUUAUUAUUUAUUGUCGGAAGACUUGCCACUUUUCAUGUUAUUUGACUAUAUUUUUUGUUUGCUGAAGUAAAAAAAUCAAGACAAAACGGCUGUAUCGUGGUCUCUGAAUUAUAUGUCUGUUUUUGUGUUUUUGUCUUUUUUUUGCUUCAUUAUAUAUUAUAUAAA